CGACUCUGAGGGAGCUCAGUAGAAGGCAGCCAGUUACGCUACUGUUCGGACGAAUUUCUCCCGUCGUACAUUUUUGGGAAAAUUUCAAUUUUUCUUUUAUUUUGUAAGAACGCGCUAAAAAUCAGUAAAAAAAAAAGCCGAGUGCUGUCGAAUUAUUUUCGGUUCCGCCAUCGAGAGCAUUCACUUUGCGUUGUGUUUAUAAAUUUAUGUUUACUUGAAUUUCUCUACGACAAAACUGCAAAAUGACUUCGAUCGAAUCGAAACGAGUGCAAUAUCGGAAGUAUCUGGAGCGUGCCGGGGUCAUCGAUGCUCUGAGCAAGGCUUUAAUCAAGCUUUACGAGGAGCAGAACAAACCGGAGGAUGCCAUCCGCUUUGUGCGCAAGUUCAUGUGCGAGAGUUGUCCGGAUGAUGCCCAGUACGAUGUGAUGAAGAACGACCUGGAGGAGGCCAAAACGCACAUCUCGAAAUUGGAGCAGGAGCUGGAGCGGCUACGUGGUCAAAUCAAAAAGUCACCGGAGGAGUACCAGGAACUCACUACAGCUGGCUACAAAUCGCUUAUGGAUGAUGAGGAGAAUGUCAAUUCGCUGCUGCGCAAAUACCUCACGCCCGAAUUGCUGGAGGAGUUUAUGCUGGUUACCACCCCUGCGCCAGUGGACGCGUACCUAUACGAUUGCGCCGUUGCCGGAUUCGAGCACCAUGAGGCACCCGUGGGCAUUUACGCUGCGGAUGCAGACAGCUACGACGUCUUUAACAAGCUUUUCGACCCCAUCAUCAAGGACUAUCACGGUCAGAUGGACAAUGAGAACGAUGUGCUGCAGAAGGAUCCUGACUUUGGCAACGUGGACGAGAUAGAGAAUCUGGAUCCAGAGCGCAAGUACAUUCUGUCUGCACGAAUCCGGUUGGCACGCAACAUUGAGGGUCUGCCCUUCUUCCCGAAACUCUCCGAGAAACAGUUCAUCGAGGUGGAGGAGAAGGUGCGCUCGGCGACGGAAACAAUGGAUGGGGAGUUAAUCGGCUCCUAUCUGACGAUGGCUGACAUCGAUGCCGAGACCCAGGCCGAGAUGGUUAAGCGACAUAUACUCUUUCAGCGUGGCGAUGAGCAACUGACCACCGCCGGCUGCUAUCGCUUCUGGCCGACGGGUCGCGGGGUCUACCACAAUCCCGCCGAGACUUUCUUAAUCUGGGUGAAUCGUCAGGACCACGUACACAUUAUGUCGAUGGCGCAGUGCGGAGACUUGGGCGAUGUGUACAAUCGCCUUGUAAACGGACUCGCGGAGCUGGAGAAGACGCUGACCUUUGCGCGUCAUCCGCGAUACGGAAACCUAACGGCCUGUCCCACCAACCUGGGCACCACCCUGCGUGCGUCGGUUCACAUCCGCUUGCCGCUGCUCAGCAAGGACCCCGAUCGUCUAAUCGCCCUCGCCGAAGAAUUGCAGCUCCAGGUACGCGGCACCGAUGGCGGCGAACUGGCUACCGUGGAAGAUGGUGUCAUGGACAUUUCCAAUAAGAGGAAGCUCGGUUUCACAGAGUUCGAACUGGUCAAAACACUGCAGGAUGGCGUAGUGGCCCUGAUCAACGCCGAGGAAGAGCUCGAAAUAGCCGGACAGGAGGGGCUAGAAACAAAUACCGCAAACAUCAAAUUUUGACAGCCCAAAACAUAUCCAUUUCACCAUAAAAGUAAUACUCACAAGUACAGACAAGCAGUAGAAAGACAAGAGCAUAUCUGGUUAAAUAAAUUUGUCCCGUAGUCCCGACCAAUCA